AUGGCUUUUAAAGACACCGGGAAGACACCCGUGGAACCGGAGGUGGCGAUUCACCAAAUUAGAAUUGCUCUCACCAGCCGCAACGUAAAAUCUUUGGAAAAGGUAUGUGCUGACUGGAUCGGAGGCGCAAAGGAAAAGAAUCUCAAAGUGGAAGGACCAGUUCGGAUGCCUACCAAGACUCUGAGAAUCACUACAAGAAAAACUCCUUGUGGUGAAGGUUCUAAGACCUGGGAUCGUUUUCAGAUGAAGAUCCACAAGCGACUCAUUGAUUUGCACAGUCCUUCUGAGAUUGUUAAGCAGAUUACUUCCAUCAGUAUUGAGCCAGGAGUUGAGGUGGAAGUCACCAUUGCAGAUGCUUAAAUCAACCUUUUUAAUAAAUUGAUUAUCAGUUGUUAAAAAAAAAAAAAA